AUGAAGCUUAUUGGGUUAGUGAUUUGUUUGUGGUGCGUGAAUUUCUUGGACGCUACUAAGAUGUAUAGAGCGGGAGUGUUGCAGUUUGAUAAAGAAAUGUCUACGCACGAGUACGUUCCCUUUGUCUAUGAAGCUGGAAAAAGGAAUGUGGACAUCUUAGUUUUACCGUCGCUUGACAAGGCAGAAAAUUAUGAUGAGGCUAUUAAAUCUCUCUCUAAAUCAGCUAAAGCAGCCGGCUUGUAUGUUGUAGCACAUUUAUAUGAAAAGGCUCGUUGUCAAAACAAGGUCGAAAUGGUCGAAAGCUAUCUGGUCUUCGACAGAGAAGGGUCUGUCAUUUCUGUUUAUAGAAAACCCGUUUCAAAUCUUGCAAACUGCAUUUCUACAUCCUCGGAUAUAAUCACUUUCACAACAGAUUUUGGAGUCACCUUUGGUUUAGCGAUGAAAGAAGAUAUUGUACUCCGGAAAGUGGAAUUCUAUAAGGGGUUGAAGAACAUCGUGGUGACUGGAGCGGUCAAUGAGGCAUCAUUUUUAAGCGGUCCUCAGUUCCUUUCAUCUUGGAGUUACAUGAAUAACGUCAACCUGAUCUCCAACAAUGGAAUUUUCUUAGGGAAGAGCGGUUUCAAGAUUUAUUCUGGAAGCUUAGUGAUAGAAGAUCUCUAUAGCAAUGUUGGAUCUCAAAAGUCUUUAGUUCCAAACAUUCCUUCAACUCAUUUUAAAAAGGAAGAUCUAAGCCAGUACGUAAUUAAACCUUUGGAUCUUGAAGCGAGUGCAACAGGAUACAAAGAUACCGUGUGCCACGGGAGCUUCUGCUGCGAAUUUUAUGUCAAAACCACUGUUACAGGCUCCAAUUCAGAAGCAUCUUAUGGCAUUGCGGCCUUCGAUGGAAUCUACCCUUUCACAGGUCAAAACUCCAUUGGAGUCCAAAAUUGUGCCGUGUUUGCUUGUAGUGGACUGUAUAAGAGAAGCUGUGAACUCGGAACAAAUAACACUACCAACAUCAUAUUCGAGAAAAUCUCAGUUACUGCCAACUUUACGAAACCAAACGCACAGUAUCCGAUCAUCCAAGUCACUUCAGAGUUACCAGUAGAAAAAUUCAAAUUUGACACAAGAUUCAACGGUAUUUCUACACAGGUAACAUUAGAAAUUGUAGACAGCCAAAACGUGGUGAAAUUUGGUAUUUUUGGGCGAGAUUACACCAAGGAUUUGGAAAAUUUUGCUGUAGAAACCAACAAUUCAGAAAGUACCUACGAUAUUUAUGAUUAUAUUUUCAAUGAGGAUGUCCAGGAAUUCUUUGAUUACCUUUGGAUUCGUUUAAGAAUAUUACUGGUAGUCGUAUCCAUUUAUGUGUUGGAAAUGAUGUAA